AUGCCGAUGCAAAGACGUCACAGGUCGACCGUGGCGUGCCAGGAGUGUCGGGGGCGCAAGGUCCGCUGCAGCGUCACUGUGACGGGCAUCCCUUGCAUGCGGUGUGCUCAGGACGGUAUCGAGUGUAUAGUACAGGAUAGCCAUCAUAUGCUGAAUGUACGGUCGCGAAGCGCGAGAAGCGGUGACGAAAGCAAUAGUUCCAGGGCAUCUCCAUCAUUGCCCGAGCCGAUAACGCACCAGCCUGCCUCUGUUCCAGACGUCCAUCGUGGUGAUCCUCUGGCAGAAGGCCACAAUGACACGGCUUACCACUCUGACCCUGGGCGACAAAGAGACAUUGAAGAGGAGCGAAGUGGAGCUGAGAUAUCCUCCGCGGCGACAGGUCAAGGAAUCGUUAAUUCUGACUGCCUUUUCUAUCUUGGGGAGCAACCCGGGGCAACAUCCGUCAUUGAUGUCUGCUCGCAUCCUCAGAAGCCCAUCCAGAGGCAUAUUCUACUCCGUUCUGCUCCGCCCGUCACCAUCUCCCAGCAGGACAGCGACUAUCUCAAGCAAAAGGGCGUCUUUAACCUUCCUCAGCAGAGCUCUCGUAGAGAGAUACUUCGAGCAUAUUUCCAUCACUUGCAUCCGAUCCUACCUGUAAUAAACGUCGGUAUACUUCAAAACCUUCAUGAACCUGUCUAUGUUUCGUUAUCCGACUUGCUUCUCUUUUGGAGCAUGGCCUCGGUGGCAGUAAAUUUUGUUCCGAGUAGCGUUUGGCAGCUUGAGGGCUUUGGCUCUUGUAAGGAAAUGAAAGCCAAGGCUUAUGAACAUGCCAAGUGUGUCUACAACAACGGCGGCGUAAUCCAUCAAGAACAUCUCCUACAAUCCGCUCUACUCCUAUCCUUCUGGCAUUCUGACAGGGACAGACUCUCACAGCCGUGGUACUGGAGUGGAGUUGCAGUCAGCCUAUGCCAGAUCAUCGGACUACAUCGAAACCCAGAUUCGGUGAGGCUGAAUCCGUUGAUCAACCCUCAUCGCCGUCGCAUGUGGCGCCGCCUCUGGGGAGGUUGUUUAUUUCGAGAUCGAUGGCUGAGCGUGACACUCGGACGACCCAUGAGAAUCCGUCUUGGCGACUGCGACAUGCCCUUUCCCGCUGUCGAGGAUUUGCUGAGCGAUGUCGCUGAGAUUCCAUCCUCGCUGAGGGAGGCUUAUCUUCCACACGACCUCGGUCGACUGGCCAAGUAUUGGCCGGUCCUCUUACAGCUGAGCAGGCUUCUAGGCGACGUCACCAUGUUGUGCUAUCAGCAAAAUAGCCCUACGCCGAGUCUGGAGCAGUGCGAGUGUCUAGAGGCAGAGCUCUCGCAACACUGCAUUCCCGAUGUGAAUAACGGUGAGGAGAGCCGGUUGGAGAGGUUUCAUUAUUACCACGCACAAUUGCACUACCAAGCGCUUUUGAUCACAUUUUAUCGCCCCUGUGUGUCAAUGACGCCUAAAGAUCUUCAACCACCAGCCCAAGGCCCAUGGCAGAGUCGCAUGCGAACUCGACUAGCAUCGGCAGCAGCCUCCACCAAUGCUAUACUUGACAGCAUAGUACGUGAAGAGCUUGUCAGUUUGGCGUGCCCCAUGACUCCCCCACUCUUGGUACCAGCUAUGCAUGUUCAUCUCCUCGACUGCAAAUCACAAAACCCCCUCACUCGGAAACUGGGAUUCAACAAGCUCGAGUUCUGUAUGGAAGUAAUGCGAGAGCUUCAAAAGACUUACACCUCGGCGUCCGUCUUCUGCGGCAUCUUUGGAGAAGCAAUACGCCAGUUAUCGCCUGGCCAUCCUGAUCCAUCUGGCCUGGCUAGGUCCCAAACAACGACUCGGACAUCUGAUUUAAUGCAAAACGCUGAUGGUGGACUCAUGGCAGGUCCUCCGAAUGCUGAGUCCAUGCUCAUCACUGAUGACCUGCUGGAAAGCUUGUUAAAUGAGGGAUCGGGAUACAGUCUAUGGGAGUCGAUAAACAUGAUGGAACAGCCUUUUGAUUUCGGGGAUGAACCAGCAUAG